UGAACGUUCCAUAUUUUAUCCAUCGCCCUGAGAUAGGCUGCGUUCUGUCAAUGAGCUCUGCUCGGUCUGUGCAUGCAUCACGCCAAACGACUGUGGCAAGUACAUGUAGGUGAUGCUGUGUGGAUUGGAGAGGAACCUACUGGAGUGAAUUAAAUAGGGAAAUGCUGACGCCGUGUUCCAUGUGAGGAUCUCGAGCAGUCACUGAGCACGCGCGGUACCGCAUCGGAAUACAGUUAUUGAUGGUUAUUGGGCAAUGUGAAGGCACAUAAAAAUUGCACGGACACAUGGUGCUGUCUACGGUAGACGGGAGUGAAUGAUGCAGGGUCGUGUAUGCCAAAUGCGUGUGUGCGGUGUGUUACUCGCUCAUUGUAUGCGUCCCACCCUUACGGCUGUCGGUGAAAUUUCCUCAUUCAUAAUGAGCCUGUAAAGUGACUGAAGACACACAUGCACAUGUACAACAUUGUGUGUCCUAACUCUGGCUGCCUUUGGUACCACCCGCUUGAAUAAAAUAUUUGAUUCUUAAAUCUCGAAGAUGUCGACGGACAUCGAUGGAUGUUGACUCGGACCUGUCAUCAGGAGAUGGCAUGUAACGUUGGAUAAGGAGGCAUUCGUCUUACGUCAUGCAACGGAUUGCCCGAGGUGAAGACGGUAUUCUCGCUCUCCAGUGAACUCCGCUUACGCAGGAUUAUUGCACCGCGCUAGCUUCCGUUCUCGGUAUGGUGAUGGACGAACCAUUUGCAAUUUUCCUACAGGAAGCAGUGAUUUUAAGAGGUGUGAAGGUGUAAAGAGAUUAUCACCCGAAUGUCUACUAUUUAGCUUCCGUGAAGGAUUGUGGGUGAUAAAGGUGCAGUUUGGUCGGACGAGUUACAGAAGCACAGGCAAGUGUAGACAUUAUGGCCGCUUCUUCGCUACUUGAGAAGAUAGGAGAUUUUCUAGAAUGUCAGAUUUGUCUAGAAACCUUUAAGCAUCCAAAGGUCUUACAAUGUCUUCACACAUUUUGCCAAAAUUGCCUAGACCAGAUGGCACCGAACGGGACAAAUACAGUUGUGUGCCCCACCUGCCGUGGAGAGACCGUUCUACCUGGGGAAGGAGUUGUGGACCUUAAGAACAAUUUCGUCUUGGCUAACUUGCUUGAGUUAGUGACCUCGCUACAGAAACCUUUAGUUGGUGAGAUCACUACUGACGGGAAUUCCAACACUUCCUUUCUUUGCUCAAACUGCGACGAUGACAAUGCGGCACACGCCACUUCACGCUGCCUCAACUGCUGCGAAUUCCUUUGCGCCGAGUGCGUGGCGGCACAUCGCAGGCUAAAGGCCCUGCGCCACCACGUCAUGCGGGACAUCCGCGCCUGGCUAGCGGCCGGCCAGCAGGUGGGCACUAGUCGCGAUACGGGCACCGAGCCCAAUGGCCACCAAGCCGGCACCGUUUACACGUGCGCCGAACACACCGAUGCCGAGGUGACGACAUACUGCGAGGCCUGCGAUCUGCUGAUCUGCGACACGUGCAGCCGCACUGAGCACGUGCGGACCCCUCAUCGCCUGGUCACUCUCCACGAAGCAGCCGAGAGACAACGGGAGGAGAUCAAGACCAUCCUGGCCGAUUGCAAAAGGAAGCUUGGAGUCUUCUCCACGGCCAUCGAAUGCACUGUUCAGAUAGCCAGGGACCUCCAACGACGCACCGACCGCGCCCAGAAGGAUCUACAAAAUACUUCCCGUGAAUACAUGCGCCUGAUUCAAGAGGAGCAAACCCGCCUGAUCAACGAGCUCCACAAGAAGAAAGAAGACAAGGAGAGUGAGAUGGCUGCGCACAUCGACAGUCUCCAACGGGCUGUGGACAUGAUACGCAACAUGUGCUCCCUUGCAGACAACUCGUUGAUCAACGGGAGCCACGUGGAUAUUUUGCGUGCCAAAACUCAGUUGGUAAACCACAGACAGCAACUGGACCGAGUGAGUAUCCGAAACAUGCCGAUAGAUACAAGCUCCCUUCGAUUCGUUCCAAGUACAGAGCCCAAUGUAAUGCAAAAUAAACUCGGUCGCAUCGAGGAUUAAACAAACAAAUCACGAUCAAGGGCAGCUCCGGGGGGGAGGGAACGGGAGGCAACCUCCCACCCCACCCCGACCUUUUUUAAAUCAUGAAACAAAAAACGUGUAAAAGGCCCCAAAUGAAUCCUCAGUUCCUCGUUCCUUGGAAAGGCCAUACGGUUACAUGGAAACAGUUUUGUAAUUUUGGCCCCACCCAGAAAAGUUUCCCUACCCCAGAUGUUGUUCUGGAUCUGCCCUUGGUCAUUUAUACUUUUCCAUUUAUACCAGAACAACUUCAUGCCAGCUACUGGCGGAGUGGGUCCUAUGGGAUCGCAGAUGCCUAGGGCUAAGGUGACGGCUCUGUAGCGAGUAUAUCUCUUAGGUGGCACUUGUCCGCUUCUAAUGCACUAGUCUGUAACUGCAUCCACAUUUUGUUUCCUCUAACCCUUUUAAAGUGGGUUUGUUACUCGCACAGUAGUUUAUGCACAUCGCAGCUUUCCAAAACAUCAAGACAAAAAUGUAGAUGUGAACUUAUCCUGCAAAUAAAGACAGCACAAAAACAAAAGUUAUAAUUAAACACCUUUAGAAUGCAGCAAAGUACGGGGGAAAUCCCACAUAAGCAAAAACUAUCAGGCAUUCAAGGCACAAUGUAGAGUAGAAUUUUAUAUCCAGUGGUAUAUUCUUCAAAAACGGAGGGGUCAACAAGUCGCCCCCGUGGUUUGCAGUCGAAAGGUCAAAAGACAGGCGGUUGGACUUCGGUGGGAGGGGGAUUUUAUGAGUCAUUUUAUUCAUCGUACCGGAAGUAUUCCUGCCUUUGUCUUUUGUAUAUUCCUACUAGAUGCAUUCCAAAAUUUGUCGGCUCUGGAAGACUUUAUUAUUGGCAUCAACAGACAUUAUAUAAUACUUGACAGAACCGUGUAAGUCCGAUGAUGGUUCUGGUUUUUUACAUUCCAAACUCUUUUACACUCACUAAUAUUAUAGUAAAUGCACAUGCAAAUAAAAUAUUCAGAAUUCAAGCUUCAUAGAAACAUUAAAAUGUUGUUCUUUGUGUUUCAUUCCAAUGGAAAUCGCGUGGUUAAAAACUAAUUGAAAUAAAUGUGGCCUUUGUAUAUGAGCUUUGAUAUUCUCGCGUGAAAGAAAAUUAUUUAAGAUGACACUUGUCCUAGUUGUGUUUAAUGCGAUGAUUCAUCAUUGUACAUUGGUAGCAUGAUUUAUUCCGGUAACUGGCCACAUUUUAUUUAAUAAUUAUUGUCACUUUUUCUUUUGAAAUUAAUGUAGGUUUUUUACAAAAUUCCGAAAUAAAAUUUCACACGAAUGAAUAAGACUGGAUAAUUUUUAAUGUGAUAUUUGUUUUAAGAUGCCUAUUUUUUCAAUAUCAUGUGAAUAUUUGAAUGUGAUUUUUAUGUAUAAACCUUACUGUCAAAGAUUCUGAAAAUUUGAGCAUCUUCUUAUUUAAUUAAAAGAAACGGUGUAAUGGAAUUUUUACACGAAUACACGAAGCACGGCUUUAUUCACACAUAAUGGUAACAUUUCACCUCUUUUGAAGUAGUAAAUGGAAGAAGUUUCAACAUGUCGAUUUUGUGCUAAUGGAUACUUCUA